GUUUUUCUGGUAAAUUUGUCAGUCGUUUUGAUUUGGAGUAUUUGCUGGGAAAGCUUGUUCUAGUCGCACUCUCAGAGAUAAACAAUCUGUGGCGUCUAAAGAAAAAUCUCUCUCACGUACAAUAAGAAUCUUGAAUUCUUUUAUUCUGACUUGAAAAGAAGCACGAAGAACGAAGGAAUACAAGGAAGACGGAGAAAGGAAAAUUCCCACAUUUCCAACCUUCGGAGGCUUCUGUUCGAAGCACAGAAAGAGCAGAGCCAUCAAAAGGGAGGAAAUACAUAUGGAGAUCGACAAGGCAAUUAGAGAAAGUAACGAUACAAGGUUGAAGACCAAGUACAACAACGCAGUCUACGUUAUACAGAGAGCUUUCGCUUUAUACUCGUUUGAGGAGGUUGCUUUCAGCUUCAAUGGAGGGAAAGACUCAACUGUUUUGCUCCAUCUGCUUAGGGCUGGCUAUUUCUUGCACAGACAGAAGCUCAGUUCUUCUCAUGGGAGCCCAACAGACUGUGAAAUGAAGUGUCCUAUACGAACUAUCUAUUUUGAGAGCCCUUCUGCUUUCCCUGAAAUAAACUCUUUCACUUAUGAAACAGCCACUAUAUAUGAGUUGCAAAUGGAAAUUAUUAGACUUGAUUUCAAGUCUGGUUUGGAGGCUCUGCUGAGAGAAAAGCCAAUCAGAGCAAUUUUUCUUGGUACCAGAAUUGGUGAUCCUAAUGCGGUUGGCCAAGAACAAUUCUCUCCUAGCUCUCCUGGAUGGCCUCCUUUCAUGAGAGUGAACCCUAUACUGGAUUGGUCAUACAGGGAUGUAUGGGCCUUUCUUCUAACCUGCAAGGUCCAGUACUGCAGUCUGUAUGAUCAAGGUUAUACUUCCAUUGGGAGCAUACAUGACACACGUCCGAAUGCAUUGUUGUCAAUUAGUGAUUCCUCUGGUGGCAAUGAGAACUUCAGACCGGCAUACCUACUUUCAGAUGGAAGAUUAGAAAGAGCUGGUCGGGCAAAAAAAAGUACUCCUAUGGUUUAUGGAAAUUUACCUGUCAUAAGCAAUGGUGUGAAGAGUGAAGACUCACACCUAAGCAGCACCCUCACAGCCUCGGUCAUUGCUGUAGGUGAUGAGAUUUUGUUUGGCAUUGCUGAGGACCAACUGGGACCAUCAUUAUGUAGAAAGCUUCAUUCUAUAGGUUGGGCAGUAUCACAUGCUGCUGUGGUUCGGAAUGAUAUUGAUUCAGUGGCUGAGGAAGUUGAACGGAGGAACUCAACUGACGAUAUGGUAUUUAUAUAUGGAGGUGUAGGCCCUUUGCAUUCAGAUGUUUCUGUAGCGGGUGUUGCAAAAGCUUUUGGAGUUCGUUUGGCUCCUGAUGAAGAGUUUGAAGAGUAUCUUAGACAUCUGAUAAGUAAUCAAUGUAAUGGUGAUAGAAAUGAGGUAAUCACUUCAGUUGUUAAGACAUACGGAAGUGAGUUCAAGCAGGUGCCGGUUUCUGGACCURCUCYAGUAKAUUYCRUUUUGACUGGUGUUACCACGAUUAAGCUAGAUGGGACGAACUAUCUUGCCUGGGCACAGGCAUAUGCCAUGAUAAGUAGUGAGGAAAGUAGACGACAAGUUCAGUUGCAGAGUCCACCUACAGAACACUUUGCACAUGCAGGAAUGAAAUCUAAGGGGCCUACUGAAAAGGGGGAGCAGGUGUGUGAAUAUUGCAAGAAAUCACGACAUACCAAGGACACCUGCUGGAAACUUCACCCUGGACUACUCCCUGAGAGGUUUAGGAACAAUCCUAAGAAGGGCAGUCAAGCGGGAAAACUCAAGAUUGCUAAUGCUGCUACAGUACCUGAAGGGGGAAGUGAGGAGAGUGAGAAAACAUCAACCAUUGAGCAGUUGGCUGCAAUGAAGUUAGACUUUGAGAAGUAUGGGAGGCUCCUAAAUCACCUGGAAGCUACAGUUUCUUCAGCCCACCCUUCCAACARUACAUCCUCUUCAUCGGCUUUUGCUCACUCAGGUACAUAUGCCUCAGCAAAUCAUGCUUCAGUUUCAGGUAGUCAUAAACUCCCUUGGAUUAUAGAUUCCGGUGCAUCAUACCAUAUGACCAGCCUAUCUAACCUUUUUUGUUCAUACCAUCUUCUCUCUGGGAAAGAGAAAAUAUCCCUUGCCGAUGGGUCACUUGCCCCCAUCUCUAGUAAAGGAGAUAUAAAGACCUUUGACACCUUGUUCUUAUCUUCUGUUCUCCAUAUAAAAUGUCGUAAUGUGAUCAUUCUUACUGCAACAAAUAUUACUGAGCUGGACAAGCAGUGGGACUGUCUGAUUGAACUAACCAGUUCUAGUGGCCCUCUGAUUUUGAUGAAACCAUUUGUAUCUAAGCAGUUGUCUACAACUCUUACUGAUGUAGAAACUGCUCAGACUCUAUCUAAACUAUGUCUUGAAUUCCCAGAUCUUUACAUCGGUGCUUUUCGCAAAUCCAGAGUUGGGCCCCUUAUCAUUAGUUUCGUGGGGAAGGACCAAGCUAGAACAGAGAUGGCUGUGCAAGCAUUAUGCCAGAAAUUUCAUCCAGGAGCAUUUUCUGAAGUCAACUGCUGGUGAUUUUCCUCUUGUUUUAUGGCACUACCUGUCAACUUCUGGACAUCUAUUGGGGAAGCCUAUUUUGACAGAAAAAAAUGCUCACUUUACCUCCAAUCUUUUAUGGAGGUAGGACAUGAUAUGGUUCUACAUUGAAUUGAGUGAGAGAAAGAAGAUUUGCCAGGCUUGUGAUUGGAUGAAGGAAAACAGAAGGCUGAAUGAAAACUAUUCUCCCACAUCCUAGGCAAUGCCCUUAUAAUUUAAGAAAGGAAAUAUUGAUAUAGCUAUCAGGAGGAACAGGCCAAUAAAAGGGUCCUAGAAGUAGUUCUUGGAGAAAGGAAUUUAGUUCACCACUGGAUUUAUUAAUUCUGGUUUGAACUUUGAAGUAUACCCAUUAUGACUAAUUUCCGAGGAACCGUCAUUUUUUUUCACUUGCAGUUUCAUUUCACUAACUUGUGCAAGCUGUUUUCAGUUCUGUUUAGUUUUAACUAGACCAAUUAAGGUGAAUCCAACAUCUGUAUCAAAAAAAAAAUGCGAAUCCAACUGAGAUGAUGUAAAGCCCUAAAUAAUGUGAAAAAGAACUGUUUUCAGUUCUGCUUGGUUUUGA